GUCAGAGAUCGCUGACCUGACCUUCAAUGUUGUGGCAUUUGCUGAGGUCAUGGGCAUGGUGUGGAAACGCCUCAAUGACAGCGGCAAGAACUGGAGACACGUUUACAAGGCCCUGACUCUGCUGGAUUAUCUGCUGAAGACUGGAUCAGAGAGGGUGGCCCAACAAUGCCGUGAAAACCUAUUCACCAUUCAGACGCUGCGUGACUUCCAGUACGUGGACCGUGAUGGAAGAGACCAGGGGGCCAACGUUCGAGAAAAAGCACGGCAGCUGGUGUGUCUGCUGCGGGACGAGGACCGGCUCCGCCAAGAGAGAAGUCAAGCCUUGAAGACCAAGGAGCGAAUGGCUGGAGGAGGAACCGGAGGGAGCGGGAGCGGAGGUGGGAGCGGUGGCGUGUGCGGAGGGAUUCCCCCAUCCUACCACCCAGGCAGACGCACAAGUCAGCCCAGCAUGGCUGUGCUGUACGGCGAAGAGUUCAGCCGCUCCAGAGGCUCUCCGUCCUCCUUCAACUCAUCGGCCUCGUCUCCGCGCGCCGCCUCAGACCUGGAGCAGGCUCGACCUCAGACCAGCGGGGAGGAGGAGCUGCAGCUGCAGCUGGCUUUGGCCAUGAGCAGGGAGGAGAGUCAGAAGGAGCAGCGUUGUCGCCAAGGAGACGACUCACUGCUACAGAAAGCCUUGGAUGAGAGCCGCAGAGAGAGCCGGUCAGAGACACACGAGUCUGCCAUGUUGGACCUCGUGGACAUUUUUGGCUCAUCAUCUGAGCCACAGCCUCCCACUGGCGACCCAUGGCCCACAGUUCAGCCCCCCAGUAACACCAUCUCCAACCCCUGGGUCUCUGUAGGUGGGUGCUUUGUUACAGACACCUGAAUGUUUUUUAAUCAGAACAACACCUCAGUCCAGUCCAGCUCUCCUGUGAUUGGCAGCUCUUGGAUGGACCCUCCCCCCUUUUCUAACACAUCCAAUCCCUGGGCUCCAUGUGCCAACUCGCACACAGACCCCUGGGAGGUGGCACAGGCACCAUCCAGUCCCCCCUGUGAUGCCUGGGAUGGCCCCACAAAUGGGGACGAUGACGGGACCGAUCCAUUCACAGCCCAAGAGGAGGAGAGGCUUCAGCAGGAGGUUCUCCGAGUGUCCCCCCCUCUGCCUGCCAGCCCAACAGAUGCUGAGCUGUUUGGAAUCAAACCUACGUCCCACUUGUUUUCUGGACAAGACUCCAGGUCGGAUCUGUUCAGAGCGGACCCGCCGGUGAAACCCCUGGUAAAUGGACGGGAGUCAGACAGCCCUGAGAUGUUCCACUUGUCCCGGUUAGCGCCCCCCCUCGGCGCCCCGCCUGCACGUGUGUGUCGGACUCCAGAGGCUUUUCUAGGACCCACGGGGGCCUCGCUGGUCAAUUUGGACACUCUGAUACCUCCUAAGCCUCCCAGCAAGAUGCAGAAUAACCCCUUCCUCUCAGGCCUGAGUGCACCAUCUCCCACCAACCCGUUCCACUGCGACCAGCCGCGCCUCACCCUCAACCAGAUGCGGCCGUGCUCCACCUCGCCUCUGCCUCCUCACAUGCUGCAUUACAGCCCGUCGCUGCCCCUCCCUCUGCUCCACCAGCCCCCCGUCCUCCCGUCCUCCCUCACACAACCUCCUGCUGGACUCCUGGACCUCCCCUCUAACCUCCCGCAGCCUCUGCUCCCCCUGUCUCCACGAUCAGCCCAGACUCAAACACACAGCCACAACCCGUUCCUCUGA